AUGCCAAAAACCAAAUUUUCUGCUAUUCAGAAUCCAAUUUAUAAUAAAGAAAACGUCAAGUCAAAGAAAAAAGAGUUAUGGCCAAAUAACGUACAAAAAGCAUUUGAGGAAGCAUAUAUUAUGUAUAGUUGGAUGAAUGAUCGAGAAACAAAAUUAAUUGCAGGAAAGCAUUAUGGUCGAAAUGAAUUAAUUGGAUUGUAUAUUAAAGAGAAAACUAAUGAGAUACGAGAUAGGAAACAAGUAUCUUCUCACAUACAAGUAUUAAAAAGAAAGGGAUUACUUCCAAAAGUUUCUAGUUCUACUAUGAAUACUAUAAAGAAUCAAUCUCUUCUUAUGACAAAUGCUUGUGCAAAUUUUAUUUUCAACCAACCUGGACUUACCACGGGAGAACAUGUAUUUAUAGAUACCAAAAUUAAUGGUUUUCAUAAAAUUAAUCAAAUUUCAAUCAAUCAAAUACCAAUUGAAAGAUCUGAUAUGAUAAUCAAACUAUAUAAAGAAUCGACAUGUCACAUGUUAUUUUUCAAAGUCAAGUUUCAUGCUGGCCAAAUUCCGGAUUAUGUUAAAAUUGACAAUGUUUUAAACAUGGUGUCUGAGUCGAGCACACAACAAGUAUUAUUACAAACAAAAAUAUUUUUCAAGACUAAAGAAAUACGUAAUGAAGAAAAUAUAUUUUGGGUGGACAAAAUAAAUAAAAAGGGCAAUUACUCCCUUUCAUUUUCACCUAAAUUCAUGAAUUCAUUAAUUAAAGAAGCUAAAUCAAAACCAAAAGACAAAAUAGAUGUAUUUUUUCAAAAGCUUGUGAUUAUACAAACAUUUACAGAUCCAAUUUCCAAGACAUUAUUAUUAAAUGUAGUUUAUCAAUUCGAAUCAGGAUAUGGGGCAGGAGAUGAUAGCACAUCACAAAUCUUUUUGAUAAUGCCUAAUGAAGAAGUUAAAUAUUAUGAAUACAAAUACAGAAAAUACGUUAUGAAUACAAAUUCAAAUAUUGCAAAUCCAAAUAUUAUCAUGACAGAAAAGUGUGAAUUAUUGCAAAAUGCAUUAACAACAACGGCAUCAACAUUUCUUGAUAGUAAUUUCAAUAAUUUGUUUGGUUCAUGUGGUGGCGGCGUUGAAUCACAACUAUACCAAACAUCAUCAUUUUUACCACCUAAAAGUAACGACAGAUAUUUACAACUAUACGCAGCAGGCAAUAUAAUUACUGGAAACGGUAAUGAUUUAUCUUCAGAAUCAGAUGAUAUGAUUAUUGAAAAAUAUAUGAAUUGCAAUGAUUUUAGUAAUGGUAGUAAAGAAAUAGAAACAAUAAGAUCAGAGUUUGAUUCGAUAAUAGCCGAAGUUAUGAAGGAAAGUGAGAAUAUUGUUUAUUCACUUAAUGAUCAAUUUCUACCACCAAUAGAUUUACCGUCAAUAAAAAUAUUUGGAAAUGUUGAUUGA